CUUCAUUCAGGCACUCUUCCGUUCUCAUACCUCUAUAGUUGUAUCCAAAUCUCAAUAGUUAUUCACUCAAAAGAGCCUCAAGUUUGUACCAUGAAUCCAAGAGUCAACCAAGAGUGGACCCCCUCCGAGGUAGAGGGGGCAAGAUCAAUCAUAGAUUGGCUCAAGAACAACUACUGCAAUGAUGGCACCAUCUAUGGAAUAAACAAGAAGCAUGAGAUUGUGGGAACGCUCCAAGCAUGGUUCCCCAGGAAGACCAUGCAACAGGUAACAGACUUGUAUGUUGAUCUUGCCGCAAAGAUGCAUAUGCUUCAGUGUCUAGAGAAGGAAUACCAUGGUACCAAUAGUGACCAUGGUGUCAAUUACACCGUGGAUGGCCAUGCGCAUAAGAACUUCUGGUUGCAAGAGGCUGCCAUGCAAGGAACGGACUUUUUAUUUGGUUGUCCAUUAAAGAGUAUGCAAACCAUGGACACCCAACAGGAGGUGUCGAUGGUAGAGCAGAACAAGGUGGUGUUGGAGAAUAGGAUGCGCAUCCAUCAACCAGUGCUUGCACCACGUGCCAAGGGGUUUUGGACCCCAGAUGAACACAGGCUCUUUCUCCAUGGCUUGAGCAUAUGUGGCCGUGGCAAAUGGAAGGACAUAUCAAAGCACUUCGUCCCUAGUAGGACUUCGACCCAGAUUUCAAGCCAUGCACAGAAGUACUUCAUGAGGCUAAAGAGCAAAGGGUCGGGAAGCCAACGCUACCGCAUCAACGACGCGGAGCUCAAUGAUGCCAACCCAUGGAAAAUGAAGAGUACCAUUAACUCCUGGCAAGCACUCGCCUUCCAAUCUACAGUUGGUGCUGAUAACCAAAAUCCAAGCUUUGACUUGCAAACUCUUUCGAGUCCAUUUGUCACCAUGAACAAUAUAGCCUAGUUUGGACCGUUGUUGUUGAAGAAAAGAGUUAGUAGUCAACAUGGUGUGAGAAUCAUAUGAUGUUGUCGGCACAGUAGGGUGCCAGUGAACUUUGUUCCUACUAGUAUACAAGUAUUACUUGAGCUAUCUUCAAAGCAUUGUAUGGAUACAAAAUAUAAGAUGCUAUGAUUUAAGUUGUAUUUGCAUA